AUGUCUAAAACACUCGGAGAAGAAAAUGAAGAACUCAAAACUCGAGUUAAAGAGUUGGAAGAUCAACUCGAGGCAUUGAGGUCUGUAAAAAAGAGCGUCAAGAAUGAGAUCGUUCAUGAGAAAGGAGAUUUGGAAGUAGCUGAAUACUUGCGAUAUGGGCGGCAGCUAAUUCUCUCAGAUUUUGGUAUCUCUGGUCAAAUUAAAAUAAAGAAUACAUCAAUUUUGAUUGUUGGUGCUGGAGGUUUGGGGGCUCCUGCCGCCAUAUAUCUUGCAUCAUCAGGUGUUGGUCGACUUGGUAUAAUAGAUUAUGACAAAGUUGAAAUUUCUAAUCUGCAUCGCCAAAUAAUCCACGAUGAAUCGAGAAUCGGAAUAUCCAAAUCUCAAUCAGCAAAGAUGACUAUCGAAGGGUUAAAUUCAUUCUGCGAAUGCAUUGCAUAUGAUAUCCUUUUGGACAGCUCAAAUGCCUUGGAUAUAAUUAAAAAGUACGAUAUUGUAAUAGAUGCAACUGAUAACGUCGCUACACGUUAUCUUCUCAAUGACGCGUGUGUCAUAACCGGCAAGCCCUUGGUCUCUGGUAGUGCAUUACGCAUGGACGGCCAGUUAACCGUUUACAACUACCAAGGUGGCCCAUGUUAUCGAUGUUUAUUUCCAAAUCCUCCACCACCUGAGACUGUUUUAAAUUGUGCCGACGGUGGUGUCAUGGGUGUUGUGCCCGGAAUAAUUGGAUGUUUGCAAGCCUUACAAGCAAUCAAGAUUGCUGCGAAUAUUAACGAUGAUGGGAAUGUCCACAGUCUACUCCUUUUUUCGGCUACCUCAAAUCCUCUUUUCAGGUCGAUCAAACUUAGAUCAAAAAAACCCGAUUGUGCUAUGUGCGGUGAAAAUCCAACAAUAAAAACGCUACAAGAUUAUGUCCAAUUUUGUGGCAGUGGGCCAUUAGAUAAGUCACCUUCCGUAAAUCUAAUUAAAGAGGAACGAAGAGUUGACCCAAAGGAAUAUAAUGAAAUACGCUUAAAUGAAAUGCCUCACCUUCUACUUGAUGUGCGGGAAUCCGUGCAGUUCAACAUUUGUAAUUUGCCUGGUUCAUUGAAUAUCCCAUUGAAGGAGCUUCCCAACAGAGUGGAAGAAGUUCAACGGUCACUUUCCUUCAAAGAUAUGCCAGGUAAUGAUUCUCAAUACGCCGUCAAUCUCUUGAAGGAUACAAUCCAAGGUGACGUGAAAGAUGUAAGAGGGGGUUUAUAUCAAUGGGCCCUUGACAUUCUUCUUGCUGCCGAGUACAACCAACUCGAAGUAGAGGUUGCGGAUUUUGAAUUCGGAAAAGAUAACAAAACCCCAGAAUAUCUGGGAAAAUUCCAUCACGAUAAGGUUCCUGCAUUUGAAAGUGCUGAUGGUAGCGUUUGCCUCAAUGAAUCUGGAGCAAUUGCGUAUUACGUGGCUAGCCACAAAGAAGGUACUCAACUUCUGGGAAAAAAUCAAAAGGAAACUUCGCAAGUGCUUCAUUACGUCCUUUUUGCCGAAAACGAAAUUACUCCUCAUGCAAACACCUGGAUCAAUCCAAUUUUGGGAAUAACGCAAUAUAACAAAGGGACGCACAACCAAGCGGUUGAGGGUCUUAAAAAGUCACUGAGUGUAUUAGAUAAGAUUCUGUUGAAAAAGACCUACUUGGUUGGUGAACGUAUCACAUUGGCCGAUAUCACUGUUGCCACAUCACUUUACCUACCUUUCAAACUAGUGUUAGACGCAGAAUUUCGAAAGAACCACAAGAAUCUUACCAGGUGGUAUGUGACACUUGUUAAUCAACCCGCUUUUAAGAAGAUCUUAGGAGAUGUCGCCCUUGCAGAAGUUGCUGUUGAAUUUACCCCCCCAAAGAAAAAGGAACAACCCAAAAAAGAGAAGGAGCAGCCCAAAAAAGAAAAAACUAGGGAAGUCUCAAGCGAGGCGAUGGACUUGGAUGAAGCCGAAGCACCUGCUCCUAAACCUAAAAGCAAAUUGGACUCAUUGCCCCCAAGUCGUUUGAAUUUAGAAGAGUGGAAGCGUUUCUAUUCUAAUAAUGAUACCCGUCCAGACGCCGUCAAUUGGUUUUGGGAGCAUUUUGAUCCAGAGGGAUAUUCAAUUUGGCGUGUGGAUUAUAAAUAUAAUAACGAAUUGGAAAAGAUCUUUAUGAGUAGCAAUCUUAUUGGUGGGUUUUACAACAGAUUAGAACGAGCCCGUAAAUAUGCUUUCGGAAGUCUGGUGGUUUUGGGAGAGGACGGUAGCAAUGAAAUUUCUGGAUAUUUUGUUAUUCGUGGGCAAGAAGUACCAGAAGAAGUAACCGAUGCUGCAGAUUAUGAAGUAUUUAAUUUCAAAAAGGUCGAGGAUUACAAUAAUUCAGCGUUCCGCAGUGACUUUGAAGAUUAUUUGGCCUGGGAUGGUCAUCUUGGUGGAAAGAAAUUUGCGGAUGGCAAAAUUUUCAAAUAA